ACAUGCAGAUGUACGACCUCGCGCACUUGCUGCCUCCCUCGGUCUGGGCAGAGUACGGUGAGGAGGGCCUCCCCGCGCUGACGGGUCGGAUCCUCGCCAACGUGGCGGGCCGCAAGUCCGACCUGCCCGCGCCCUUCGUCGGGGCGUGGGUCUCCUUCAUGCGCGAGUACGGCUGGGACGGCGCCGACCAGCUGUUUGUGAGCUCUCCCCGCUACGCGGACUCGCCGCACCUCUUGGUUUCCAAGUUGGGCCACAACAGAAGGGGCGGCAUCAGCAACCCAGCCGACAUUCUGAAGGAGCGCGUCGCCAGUCGGCGCCGCGUGAUGCGCGCGCAAGAGGAGCGCGGCGGACGCGGCUCGGGCGGCCUCUUUGCGCGCUGCGCCGGCGCCAACCUCGAGAAGCGGAACCUCCACCUCGACCAUCUGAUGUGGAUCCGGAACGCGCCCAAGCUGCGCAUGGCCCGCGUCACCGCCGCUUUCCGCUCGGCGCUGCUCGCGGCGCAGGCGGACCUCCUCGCCGCCGGCCGGCUCGAGGCGGAGGGAGAUGUCUUCCACGUCUCGGUGCAGCAGCUCGACGCGGCCAUCAAGGAGAGCAGCUUCGACCUGAGGGCGGCCGUCACGCCGAACAGGGCGACCUACGCGCGCGCCAAGAGCGCAAAGAGCUGCCCCAUGCUCAUCGACUCGCGCGGCCGGAUCCUCAAGCCGAACCUCGUCGAGGGGGAGCCCGGCGCUCUCGUCGGGGCGGCGAUCUCUCCCGGCGUUGCGAGCGGGCGCGUGCGUGUCUGCACCUGCUCCACCGACCCGAUCGCGCCGGGCGAGGUGCUCGUCGCCAUCGUCACCGACCCGGCGUGGACGCCGAUGUUUGCGGGCGCCUCGGCCGUCGUCCUCCAGAUUGGCGGCGCGCUGCAGCACGGCGCGCUGUGCGCGCGCGAGUACGGCGAGCCGGGACUUGGGCAGGGCAAGCCCGCCGUCAGCGGGAUCGACGUGAUGGCUUCGCUCAAGACGGGGAUGCAGGUCACGGUUGACGGCAACACCGGCAUCGUCCGGAUCGACGAGAGCCUCCGCCGGAGCUUCUCGCGCCGCCUCUCCGAUCGGGACCUCCAGGGCGUCGAGGCCUGAGAGCAUGCCUGCGAGAGCGAACGGGUCUCUCGCUCGAGAGGAGAGAGGAGCCGAGCGACAGGUGACGAGGCCCGCAUCGGGUGUCAUACAUCGGGGCUCGAAGCCGAAGGGACCAACUCUCUCUCUCGCGCGCGCGCCGUCUGGCCGGCGGGGGUAUGGCGUGUUGUGCUUGUUGGACAAGAAUACUAACACCCGCGCUCGCU